UUUAACCCCACGCUUUCAAGUAAACUCUGACUGUUCUAUCUAGCUUCUCAAAACUAAGUCACAAACUGCUUGUACAAAGGUCGCUUGUACCAGGUUGAGUAUGCAAUGGAAGCAAUUGGACAUGCAGGUACUUGCUUGGGAAUUCUAGCAAAUGAUGGUGUUUUGCUGGCAGCAGAGAGACGCAACAUUCACAAGCUUCUCGAUGAAGUGUUUUUCUCAGAGAAAAUAUACAAGCUUAAUGAGGAUAUGGCUUGCAGUGUUGCAGGAAUAACUUCAGAUGCCAAUGUUCUAACAAAUGAGCUGAGACUGAUUGCGCAGAGGUAUUUGUUACAAUAUCAAGAGCCCAUUCCUUGUGAACAACUGGUGACAGCACUAUGUGAUAUCAAGCAGGCUUAUACGCAGUUUGGAGGAAAACGUCCUUUUGGUGUUUCGUUGCUGUAUAUUGGCUGGGAUAAGCAUUAUGGAUUUCAGCUGUACCAAAGUGAUCCUAGUGGAAAUUACGGAGGGUGGAAAGCCACAUGCAUUGGGAAUAAUAGUGCUGCAGCUGUGUCAAUGCUAAAGCAAGACUACAAAGAAGGAGAAAUGACCUUAAAGACUGCACUUGCGUUAGCCAUUAAGGUUCUCAACAAAACCAUGGAUGUUAGCAAACUCUCUGCAGAGAAAGUUGAAAUUGCAACACUGACAAGAGAGAACGGAAAGACAGUAAUAAGGGUUCUGAAGCAAAAGGAGGUGGAACAGUUGAUAAAACAACAUGAGGAGGAGGAAGCAAAAGCUGAACGUGAAAAGAAGGAAAAAGAACAAAAAGAGAAGGAUAAAUAGAAUAUGAACUCAAGUGUUCUGUAGAUAAUAUAGGGCCUGCUUCAGUAAAAGAUAAUCUGGAUUUCUGUUUUGUAGAAGCCUACAAAUAUGCCAUGGAGGACCCAGAAUUACUUUUGAUGAACCAGGUCCUUAAUCGUCAUUCAGAUAAUUAGUUUACUGCUCCUUAUAUUGACCAAUAAUUGCUUUAAUUCUUGAACACUCUAUUUCUUUCAUCUUCUAUUUUUUAUUAUGGAAUAAAAUUUAAGAAGAAUA